CCACAACCACUCUGCCACUACAUGUAAUCUGUCUAGUCCCAUUUGAGUCCUUCUGAACGCACACAUACUCGCUCAAAAUGGACAAGCAAAUACAGCAGCUCGUAGAAAUGGGCGCAACAGUGGCUCAAGCUCGCGCUGCUCUACAGAAGCAUAAGGAUGUGAUGCAAGCAGCGGAACGCAUCUUCGACGGAAGCUUUGAUCAUUUGCUCGAUGCCGACGGAGAUGUCACGAUGGAACCUAGUGAUGCGCCAUUGCCAGCGCCCAGGCCGAGGAUGAUGACUCCAGACGAAGACGAAGAUGCCGCUGAGAUGAUGGGUGAGGAUGACGACGAGGACGAUGGCGGUGAUUUCGAUUAUUAUGACUCGGACGACGAUGUCAAGCCGGAUCAAGGGGCCAGCCAUGUGAAUGCGGAUCCAUAUGCCGGCAUUUUCUUCUCAAAGGACAGACGUGAUGAAGUAAUCGAAGUCGAGGAAGAGCCUGAGACGGCUCUGGUACUCGAUGUGAAUGAAGAAGCAUCGUUGAUGACACAGGGCCAGUGGAUGAAAGGCUGUCCGGAGGGCAGCGAACAAAGUUUUUUGUUCAGCUUGUACCGUGAGCUGGGCGAAGGCGAAUGCCGUUGUCCACACGGCUGCGGCGAAGGCGUAACUCGUCAGAAACGGGACUUCUUCCCGCUCUUUAAAGCCUUUUCUACGUAUGUCAAACACCUCCAGAACAUUGUUCCUCGAACCUGUGCCAAAUGCAGGAAGCCGUUCUGCUUCGCAUACGCAUGGAGCAGACGCGCUGACUGCUUGUUCCAUUGCCCCAACCUGCAGGGCGUCAUUCUUGGCGUAGGCCUCACGAUGCUAGAGAAGAUGUACAUCGACCAGACUCACGACUCAGCGAAUCCUCCAGCGUCAAAUUCCAAGGGAGGAAAGAGGCGCAACGCUGACCCGACACCCGAGGACAAUUACUAUCCGCCGGUCGCUCACGGCAAGAAAGCCAAACUCGGUACCGGCUACGCUGGGGAUAUUCGAGAGGAUACGUCCGGGCAAAUCGAGGCAUUGGCAGCCCAACGCGCCAAGGAUGAGAAACUUGCUAAGUUGCUGGCCAGCAUACGAGUGUACCUUCCUUCUGUGCGGCGGCCAGGCGGGCCCAAAACCAGCGAUUACCUCGUCCACCCGACUGCCCUCGCGCAUCUCCGCCGACGGUUUAACUUCGUCAGUAGCCAACUUCUCCGAAAUGAUUCGCUUGCGGAUAUGUCCGACCGCUCCACACUCUACAUUGAGUUAUUCGAUUGGCUCGAGACCAUCUCGUGUCACGAGGCACUAGCCAGCAUGAUGGCGAUGCCGAUCAUGGUCGUAGCGUCUGUGAAGACGGUCCCUUCAAAGAAAUCACCGAGAGGUAGCCCGAGAGUACGCGAGCGCACGACGAUUUACGAAGGCAGCUCUGGCCCUCGUGAACUUCUGGAAGCCAUUGUAAUCCAGGCACAGGCUGCGGUCAAAGGUCUCGAGGGCCCCAAGCUCAAUGAGCCUGUGGUCGAGAUGACGGAAGAGGAAAAGCGGAUGACCAGCGACGAGAAGGGGAAGGCUAAGGACGCAGGGCGCACGCAGUCAGAAGAGAAUGCGAAGAUGCUCAAGUUCUGCCAGCGCAUAAUUGAUACUGCCGACGCGAUCGAUCGUUCGCUCGCUGAGACCAAGGGCGACGCUUUCCUGCGGCGACUACGCGCCAGCCUGCCGAAAAUCCCAGGUAGCGCCGAGCAGAGUGUGGCCCAGGUCCGGGCGGGCGACACGGAGGCGGAUACGGUGAAAGCUUACGUGGAAUGGGCGAACCGUGUCCGUUUCGAAUACUGCGACCUGACAAUCCCCCCGUCGGACGCACCUGGACAGGGUAACGACGACGAAAGUCCGCAUUACAAGUUCUUCUACAAUAACGAAGCGCGAAUGCUGGCGAACGCCGACAUUCCGAAGCGAUCGUUGGCCAUCGCGAAGGAGCUGGCCGUGCUCACGACGAACCUGCCAGUUGAUUGGAAUUCUUCGAUCUUCUUGCGGGUGGAUGAGAGCCGCGUGGACGUUAUCAAGGUCUUGAUCACUGGUCCCGAAGGAACACCUUAUCUUUUUGAUGUCUUCCUCGGCCCUAGCUAUAACCAGUCUCCACCUAGCGUCAAAUACAUGACGGACGGUAAAGUAUGCUUGUCCCUACUCGGGACAUGGUCAGGUCCGGGGUGGGUUUCAGGGAAAUCGACGCUCUUGCAGGUAGGUGGGACUGUUCUCAUAUCGAUCCAAUCCAUGAUUCUUUGCGAGGAGCCGUACCUAAACGAACCCGGCUGGGCCCAGAGCGGAGGAACGCCUCAGUCACGCGCAUACUCGGCCAACGUCCGUCGGAUGGUCGUGAAGACCGCGAUGCUAGGCAACCUGAAGAACCCGCCGGAGCCGUUCGAGGACGUUGUACGCACCCACUUCCGGCUCAAGGCCAAGUCAAUAACGGCCCAGCUGGAUCAAUGGCUCGCCAUAGACGAUGGCAAGUCAAUCACAGACGGUGGAUACGGCGGAUCCAAGAACUCUGUAGCAACAGGGAGCUCGAAUGGCUUCCAGGCAGAUGUGGAGGAACUGAAGCGUUUGUUGGUCCAGCUUCAGUCAGAAGAUCACGCGGCACGAUAGCGCAUGCUUGGACUUGGGUUGUAGACAUGUAUGCAUAUCACUAAGUAGUACGGGUUUCAAUGCAUUGCCUUCGAAUGGCAAUCACAAGCCGCGCCAAGUUGUUGACCGGGCGUUGGUUGAAGUCGUCCGCGUCACUGUCAG